UACGUUGCGCCAUGUCUAAUCCCAUUCGCUCUCGCGCCAUUAUCAUCGGAGUUUGCACCAUGCCUUAUCGCCCAACAUCGGAAUGGUGUGUACGCAGCCUUGCGUCUUGACCCUACUUGCGCUUUUGGGACCACCAACCGAACAGCUGCAUUUCUAAGCGUUCCGGAGACUACGCGCCCUUGCGCCUGGUGGACGUGGGGCUCGUUGCGUGAUCGGGAAGGUUGCACUUGUGGGGUAUAUAAGGCCAUCGGGCUACCGCCGACAUGACGAACAAUCGCAUCAUCGCACGGCAUCCAUUCGGGAACCUCUUAUACCUAGCCGCACUCCUUCCACUCUUGCUACUUCUGAAUACCUACUUUGGCGUCUUCAAUUCCAGCAUGGCUGAGAUCAAGAAUGUCGUGAUCAUUGGGGCUGGAGGAAACCUCGGUCCCUCAAUCCUCCAAGCUUUCCUCGACUCUUCCUCCUUCCACAUCACCGUCCUCUCCCGCGAAGGCUCCGAAUCCACCUUCCCCUCCGGCGUUAGCGUCCUACACGCUGACUACUCCUCUCACGACUCUCUCAAAUCCGCCUUCAAAGGCCAAGAUGCGGUCCUCUCACUCGUGGGCAGCAUGGCCCUUGCCGACCAGCAAAAGCUCAUCGACGCCGCCAUCGCCGCUGGCGUGAAGCGCUUCCUGCCCUCCGAGUACGGCAGCGACACCGCGAACCCCAAGGUCCUGGAGCUGGUCCCUGUCUUCCAAGCCAAGGUCGGCACGGUGAAGUAUCUGCAGAGCAAGGAGGGCGAGAUUAGCUGGACGAGCGUGAUCACGGGGCCGUUCUUUGACUGGGGGCUCAAAGUGGGGUUCUUAGGAUUGAACGCCGCGAGCAAGACUGCGACGCUCAUCGACGAGGGAAAAGCCCCAUUCGUGGCCACCAAUCUUCGCCAAAUCGGCCUCGCGCUUAUCAAGGUCCUGGAGAAGCCGGAGCUUACGAAGAAUACGUACGUCUACGUCAAAUCGUUCGAGACCACGCAGCAGGAUGUUCUUGCCGCGGCGGAGAAGAUCACGGGCGCGAAGUGGACGGUGAAUAAGAUCACGAGCAAGGAGCUGUUGGAGAGGGGCAGUGCGAAGCUGAAGAACAGCGAUUUCAGUGGCGUUCCGGAUCUGAUCAAGGGUGCUGUGUUCAAUGAGGCGGGAUAUGGGAAGAAUCCCGUUGGAGACUGGAAUGAGAAGUUGGGAUUAGAGAAGGAGGACUUUGAGGCGUCGAUUAAGGCUGCGUUGAAUGGCAAGCUUUAUGGUGAAAAAUGACUAGGGAAACUGUAGCGGAAGAAUGAUAUGGGACUGUCGUCGAGAAAAGCGAUAAUGAUCAAUUGAAACAUGAAUUAUUAAAGGAAAACGAGUCUUAAACUCAAGAUACGCCUCCCAAAAUCGAGAACAGAUUUCCGC